AUGUUGUUCAUCAUUUAUGUAUUCUAUUUCAUUGUAUUAAAUAAAAUAGUUGCAUUUCCUCAAAUUAAUCUUGAUCUCACCGAUGGAAUAAAUGACAACGAAAGUAAUAUUGUUCUACAACAUAAUUGUCUUCAUGUUGCUGCUUGGAUUGAUGAAGAAAAUGAUCCUUAUCAAAUUAUUUCUUAUUGUAUGAGUGAAUGGUCCUCAAAAUGGAAUAUUCGAACAACUUAUCAAGAUCAAAACUUUACUUUUGCUGAACUCUACAAGCUAAAUAUUACUAGUGAACAAUUAUAUCUUUGGUCGGCACCAAUGGAUGUUGUUGAACAUUAUCAAUUUUAUUUAAAUCUACUGUUAACGUCAAACAUAUUAUCGUCAUCAAUGGCAACACAUAUGUUCUAUAAUUGUACAUCAUUCAGAUUUGGUCCAUUGUGUCAAUAUUCAUUAGAUGCUUACAACUCUCAUCAUUUAACGUUAAACGAGAUUAUUCACGAAUUUUAUCGACACGAAUAUAAACCAACAACAUUAACAUGUUACACUCAUUUACAAUGCAAUCGUGGUUCAAUAUUUGCAUGUCUGGACUGGAGUGAAAUAUGUGAUGGUAUCGUCGAUUGUCAAAAUGGAGUCGAUGAAGAAUCUUGUUGGCAAAUGGAAAUAAAUGAAUGUGAAGAUAAUGAAGAUCGAUGCCUAAAUGGACAAUGCAUACCUAAAACAUUUUUUCAUGAUGAUCCUAAUGUUUUUGAAUGUCUCGAUCGAUCAGACGAAAGGUUGUUUCAGCAACUAUUAUUUACAGAUAUUAGUGGUGAGCCUACAUUUACAAAGGAAGAUAUUACAUGUUCUAGACGUCAUUCAAUUUUCAAUGUGAAGCUAACAAGUUCAUGUGUGUUGACACGCACCAAAUUACUAGAACUGUUCAUGUUCUCUGAAAAACCAAACACAGUAUCGAAUGAUUGUUGGUUAGCUGUUACGUGUCAGUUGGCUAUUCAACAUAUAUUAUCUGAUUUAAGAUGUCGUGAUCUUUCUUUCAAAAAAACGUGGACAGAAAUAAUUAACACGACAUGUCCCGAUAUGCUGUACGUGCCAGCUAGUCCCGUUGCUUUUGGACAUAUGUACUUUCUAUAUACAAAAGAAAAUAUGUUAAGAUCUUAUGUGAGAGUACCACCACCUCAAUAUGUCUGUUACAAUGAUAAACUUUGCAGUGGAUUCCAUUCGAAUCAAUCAUUAUUAUCAUUCAAUAAUGGUAUAUGUCGUCGUCCCAUAGAUUUUCCAUUAAUUUUUAAGUCGUUCGGAUCCAAUAGAGGCAACUGGAACAGUAUCUAUGUCUUACCUCUAUAUGAACAACUUUAUCGAUGCAACACAGUCGUUCACAGUGGUUCUACAGAUUGUAACAAUUUGAACAUGUAUAGAUGCGUCAAUUCUUCAAAAUGUAUUUCUAAGCAUCGCCUUUGUGAUGGUAUGAACGAUUGCGAUUAUAAAGAUGACGAACAAUGUUCUUCAGUUAAUGAUUCUUGUUCAAAAUAUGAAUUAAAAAACCUUUUCAAAUGUACUACAAGAGAUCUUUGUAUUCAUUGGACAUCGAUUGAAAAUGGUUGGUGCGAUUGUGGAUAUAAUGAAUACGGUUUCUGUGAGGAUGAAGAACUAAAUAUUCACUAUAUCAAAAAACAUAUCUCAUUUCCAAUAAUUUGUGAUGGUUUUACAGAACUAAUACCUGUUAUUAUAGAUGGACGAAAUGAAACCGAUGAAACUGAAUGUGAAUAUUGGCAGUGUAAUAACACUUAUACUCGAUGUAAUGGAUUUUGGAAUUGUCUGAAUGGAGCAGAUGAAGUCGAUUGUGAUCAAUCACCUAUUUUGAAAUGUCCGCUUCAUCAUCACAUCUGUGUCUCACCUGACACAUACCAAUUUAUGUGUUUGCCUCUUACACAAGCCAAUGAUGGAAAUAUUGAUUGUCUUGGUGCUACUGAUGAACCACAACUCUGUCGAUCGAAUAAUCAUGAACUGAGCAAUGUUAACUUUCAUUGCACCACUGGUGAAUAUGAACAUUGUACAUCUUAUGUAUCUGUAUGUUUCAAUAGACAAUGUACUUACAAAGAUUAUGAUAAAAUUUGUGACAAUACUCUGAACAACAAUAACUACUGUACUAUACGUAAUGACAAAUAUAUAACUGUUCGUUCUGAUAUUGCAAAUUUCUUUUGUAAACGUCCAAUCGAUUUUGAUAAAUCACCCUAUAUAUAUUUUUCAUUGGAUAGAAUUAACAACUCAAUCGAACAAAUAACGAAAAAAAACACAAAAAUAAUAAAUUCAUCUAUUACUCAACAAAGCGUUAUUCAACAUCAACAACAUUGUCAUCGUGGUCUUGUUGUUAGAGUUUGGCUAGAUUAUGAGGAGAACUUAACGACUGAAACAUGUCUUUGUCCAUCUAGUUACUAUGGAGAUAUGUGUCAAUAUCAAAAUCAACGUAUUAGUCUCACGUUACAAUUUCAAGCAUAUUCAGAUUCUCGACGAACUCUAUUUGCUGUUGUUGUCUCACUUAUUGAUGAUAGUGAUGAACGACUCAUUCAUUCACAUCAACAAUUCAGUUAUUUGUACGUACGAGAUUGUAAAGUUAAAUUCAAUAUGUAUUUACUAUACUCAACUCGACCAAAAGAUCAGAAAAAACAUUAUUCAAUACAUAUUGAUAUCUAUGAAAAAGUAUCACUCGCAUAUCGACGAAGUUUUUUCAUAGCACUUCAAUUUCCUUUUCUACCUGUACAUCGUGUCGCUGUACAACUCAAUAUACCACGCACAACUGAUGAUGUAGAACGUUGCUCAAAUCAACCAUGUGUUCAUGGUCAAUGUAUUAAAUAUUCUGAUAAUCCGAAAGGUAUUACCUUUUGUCAAUGUUAUCAAGGAUGGUCUGGACGAUAUUGUACUAUCCCACAUAACUGCACAUGUUCGUCUGACUCAUUAUGUAUUGGUAUCUUAGCAAACAACCGAUCUUUAUGUGUUUGUCCUAUGAAUAAGUGGGGCUCUCGAUGUUUAUUACGAAGUACAAUAUGUCAUUCUAAUCAAAAUAUCACAUGUUACAAUGGUGGUCAAUGUAUGCCUACAGAUGAGCAUGUAGUAUCGAACAAGAAAUUCAAAUGUAUCUGUCAAAAAGGUUUCACUGGAGACAGAUGUGAAAUAGCUGAUAAUAAAAUUAUUCUAUCAUUUCAUCGAGAUAUCAUUUUAUCAGAUUCAUUUCUUGUUCAUUUCAUUCAAGUAAUUGAUAAUGCUCCACCUACAAAUGGCAGUACUUUCAAAAUGAUUUCUAUUAAUCAAAAGACAAUGAUCAUUCAUUGGUCAUAUCCAUUUCACAUUGCUUUUAUUCAACUUUUCAAUAAAAAUUACUACUUAAUUACUAUUCAAAAGAAAUAUCAUCAAUCGACAACUCUUGUUCGAGAAAUUCAACCAUCAGAUCGUUGUCCACAUCUAAAUGAAGUAUUGAAUGAAACAAUUGUUAAAUUUCAUCUUCUUCGUCGUAUUAAAUAUUAUCAUUUGCCAUGUCAAGGACAUUCACCACAAUUGUCUUGUUUUUAUGAUGAUAAUCAUUUUUGUUUAUGUAACAAUUAUGGACAACAACGUGUAGCUAACUGUUUUGAAUUUAAUUGUAUAAAGAAAUUCGAUUGUUUUGGUCAAAGUAACUGUGAAAAUGGAGCACAAUGUUUACAAGAUAGAUCUACAUGUCCACAAACGUCGGCAUGUGUUUGUCUGACAUGUUUUUAUGGAAGACGCUGUCAAUUUAGUUCAAAUGGAUUUGGUCUUUCACUUGAUGCAAUUUUAGGUUAUCACAUUCAACCACAUAUUGCCAUUGGACAUCAAACUUUUGUUGUAAAAUUAAGUCUAGUAUUGACGAUUAUUAUGACUGUAGUAGGAUUGAUUAAUAGUGCUCUACUGAUGAUUACAAUGAAUAAUAAUCAAUCACGUAAAAGUGGUUGUGGUAUUUAUCUAAUAAGUACAUCGAUUACUAGUCUAUUUACAAUGAUUAUGUUUGCAUUGAAAUUUUCAAUACUUAUCAUUGCACAAAUGACAUAUAGUAUUAAUCAUUUAUUUUUACAAAUACAAUGUACUUCAAUAGAUUUUUUACUAAGAAUCGGUCUUAAUAUGGAUCAAUGGUUGUCUGCAUGCAUAGCUAUAGAACGAACAGUUAUCGCAAUAAAAGGAAUCAGUUUUGAUAAGAAGAAAAGUAAACAAAUAGCUAAAUAUAUUAUUCUUAUUCUUCUAAUUUUAAAUAUUAGUACGACUAUUCAUGAUCCUAUUCAUCGACAUUUAAUAGAUGAUGAUAAUGAUGAUGAUAAUGAGAAAAGAAUUUGGUGUAUUGUUACUUAUUCAUCUAGUUUUCAAACGUUUAAUACAGUGGUGAAUAUAUUUCAUUUUUUGACUCCAUCUAUUAUUAAUUUGAUUUCGGGUUUGAUCAUUAUUAAAAUUACUAGUCGACAGCGACAAGUUGUUCGACCUCAUCAAAGCUAUCAAAAUGUGUUACAUCAACAAUUUCAAAUACACAUUCAUCUACUGAUUACUCCGAUUGUUUUCGUGAUGUUAGCUAUUCCACGUUUGAUUAUUUCUCUCAUAUCACGUUGUAUGAAAUCAAUUAAUGAUUCAUGGUUAUUUUUGAUUGGAUAUUUUAUUUCAUUUAUACCAUCUAUGCUUACUUUCGUUAUCUUUGUUCUACCAUCAAAAUCAUACAAACAAGACUUCAUGAAGACUUAUCAACGACAUAAAAAUGCAAUACAAGCACGAUUACAUCUUGUUUCAUAG